GCAACUAAAACACAUUCAAAUGAAGUAAGUGACUUCAUAUCCCACCCAACCAAUCUUGUUUUGAGACGUAUUCUUCGAUUGUUUUUAAUCAUAAUCAACGUGUGUUUAGCACAGUCAUUGCUUAUUGUGGUGUUCACUUAGCUCAAUUCAAGUUGGAUUCGAAAAGAAAGGUGUGGAGAUCGAUUGCAGGUGAUAAGUUUUGUUUUCGAAUUCGAAUUAUUACAGAUGGCAUUGGUUAUUCGUUCUGGAACCUUGUGGACGGUUGUUUUGUUUGGAAGUUUGUUUAUUGCUGCAGCUUUGGGUUGGGGCAGAGAUGACAAGAUACGACUGACAGAUGUUAGUGUCGUUACAUUGCAUUAUGGAAAAAUGACAAAUUCCCGCCGUACCCAUCCAGUACCACAAUUAAAGUGUGUUGGUGGAACGGCAGGUUGUUCAGCCUUUACUCCAAGUGUUGUUCAGUGUUAUAACCGAGGUUCAGAUGGAUAUGAUGUGCAGUGGGAAUGUAAAACAGACAUGGAUAGUCGCUACAAGUUUGGUGAAAUUUCUGUCAGCUGUGAGGGCUAUGAUUAUCCUGAUGACCCAUACGUCUUGAAAGGUUCUUGUGGGCUGGAAUACACAAUUGAUGCUGUCAAUCACGGAGGCCACCAUUACAAUGACUAUCAUUCUGGGUACACAGACAGUGGACACUACCAUAAUAAUUACUACACCAGAAAUUCUGGCAAGAGCUGGUUAAGUUCCAUUGUGAUGUGGGGAAUCAUUGCAGUGAUUGCAUAUUACAUAUACCAACGCUUCACGCAUAAUCCGGCUGAACAUAAUAAUUCUCAAGGCCACACUCAAUUUUCCAGCCCUCCACCUCCUGGCUUCAGACCUGAGUUUGUACCAGGUGACCAUACAACACAUUCAAGCAGUCAUGCAAGCUAUCCGAGUUCCAGUAAUGGACCUGGAUUUUGGUCAGGAGCUGCAACUGGUGGACUGUUGGGAUACCUGUUUGGAAACUCAGGUCGUCGCAGUCCUUAUUACGGUGAUUACGGUCACUAUGGGCCGAGGUACCACCGACGAUGGCCUGGGUACGGAUCUGGUGGAUCCAGCUGGUUUGGGUCCAAUAACACCUGGUCUUCUGGUUGGACCUCAGGCAGCAGUUACAGGGGUAGCCCUUCCCCUCCGAGCACCAGGACCACCUCAGGCUUUGGUGGUACCAAGCGUCGCUAAAUGUCCAGAGGACAGCAUUACUGCUGAAUGGGCACAUUGCAAGGCACUGUCAACGCUAACAAAACGGCACUGGAUAGAUACAGUAGAGAUUGUAUGUCUUAGUGAUACGACAAGGAAAAUAAUGUAUAUAAGAGGAAAAAAAAUAACUUAAUAUUAGUAGUUAAGCUUCUGCUUUUUUCAGCUGCACGGAUAUCUAGAUGUUAAGUAGUUUACUUAGCCUAAGGAAACCAAAAUCUUAAGUACAGUGAAAUCCCGUUAAUCCGGUCACCAACGGGCCAUAAACAUUUGGCCUUAUUAACGGGGUGGCCAUAUUAAUAUUAACGGGGUAAGGUCAAACCUCACGACUUAUCCAAAUUGAGUGACGUCUUAACAGAUAUAUCACAAUUGAACUUCCAAACAACUGUUCUUUGAUAGACAUCGGAAUUAAAAAAUUGAAUCUUGUAUCAAUGUGUAGAAUAUUAACAAUGGACUGUUGAACAUAGCUGGUUUGAGUGGCCGUAUAUACGGGGUAAAAUUAUAAUGGAUUAUACAGGUUGGGAUUUCAGAAUGCGGUAAUAACGAGGUGACCGUAAGGCGGGGUUCCACUGUCGUUAUAUACUUUGAUGAAUCAGUUCUGCCACUCUUUAUCAAGUGAUGUUUUCAAUAUUGGUAUCACACAGAUGCCCAAUCAUUGUUAAACAAGUUGCAGUCAUCUUCAUAGCAUAAUAGGUUACCAUAACAACGAUACAACUUGUUAAACCACCCUUAAUUUAAGCUUUAAGCCCAUAAAAUUCAAUAACGGCGUGGUGAAACUCAUUUUUAUUAUCAAAUUGUGUUAAGGUACAGCUUUUUGCAAAGUGGAAAAAUAGUCUGUAAGGGGGGUUCACUAAGCCACCUUAAUUUUGGAAAAUUUGACAUAUUUGUUGCUAACCACCAUAGAUUUUCUAUUAGGACAACUCUUCUUAAAUUCUCCUUUAAUACAGCCGGUUGAGAGAGUCCUUAUCAGGAACGCUCGAUUUUAUCUCAUCCAAUCUGUCCUUUUAUCGAAAAUAUGAGAAGGCUCUAGAAUCAUUGCAAGUUGAACUCGUUGUGAUAUUUAAGGAAUUUGGAUAAGUUUUUUGCAUGUUUUAGAUAAAAAAAAGUAAUCGUUUCCACGAUAAUGCAAAAUAUUUAUUGUAUGUUGUAAGUAUUUGUUCCCUCAUUUAGGGCGAAAUAAGUUAGGGCUUCGCAAGUGUAAUGUAAAAAAAAAAAUGUAAGGUAAUUUUUACUUACUCACGAAACACAGAAGAGCUCUCAUGAACUCGUUAUAAAGUGUUGGUACAUCGACAUAGCAUUAGAAUUUGGAGUGUUGGUUUGUGUGGAAGGUGGUAAACCAACAACAAAUUCAACCUAUCUAUGAGGCUGGGUCAAGGAUUCGAAGCCGAGGUACAUUAGUGAGAGGCGAGCGCGCUUACUAUUACACUACCUCUGCUUCCCCGAGGGAAUAAGCCUUCCUCAGUUCCCGUAAAACGUUUUUAAUGGCCCGCUCUUAGUUACUUUAUAUUACCAGUAUAUUACUAGAUAUUACUUACUAUCUAUCAUAUUACGAUAUUAACUGAUUGUUAGAGUGAAGUGAAUUUAAUGGUAAAAUGUGUAUCAAAUAUGGGCCUUUUAUGUUUUUUGUUUUUCGAUUUGUUUUGAUUUUUAUUAAUGAUUAAUUUGUUACCAGUUAGUGGGUUUCAUAUAUAUUAAAAUUAAACGUCCCAUGCACUGUUUUACCUAAAUUAUGUAAGUACCAAACGAAGAUUUAAAACAAGCAAACGUCUUUGAAAUAAAUUGUCGAUGCAAUUUUAGAUCACUUUAA